UUAAAAGCCGCCGGCUGGCGCGCGUGGGGCGAGUGGGGGACUGGGCUCGCACGCGCCGGCCCCGGUGACAGCCGCGCGCCGUGGCCAGGACCCGUUGGCCGAGAUGUGUCCCCACCGAGGCGCCCCACAGGUGUCGAGCACCGGCUGAGACGCUGGACCUGCACCCCAGGGCUGGCAGAAAUGGGCGCCCAGCUGAAUCCAAGCCGGUCGGUGGCAGCAAGGAGGAGAGGCCGCAGAGCUGAGAAUCAGUGAGCGGCCCGGAGCCCCACCUGCCCGGCCCGCCAUGGUGCAGAGGCUGUGGGUGGGCCGCCUGCUGAGGCAUCGCAAAGCCCAGCUUCUGCUGAUCAACCUGCUGACCUUCGGCCUGGAGGUGUGCCUGGCCGCAGGCAUCACCUACGUGCCGCCCCUGCUGCUGGAAGUGGGGGUGGAGGAGAAGUUCAUGACCAUGGUGCUGGGCAUCGGGCCAGUGCUGGGCCUGGUCUCCGUCCCACUCCUAGGCUCAGCCAGUGACCAGUGGCGCGGGCGCUAUGGCCGCCGGCGGCCGUUCAUCUGGGCCCUGUCCCUGGGCGUCCUGCUGAGCCUGUUCCUCAUCCCGAGGGCUGGCUGGCUGGCGGGGCUUCUGUGCCCGAACACCAGGCCCCUGGAGCUGGCGCUGCUCAUCCUGGGCGUGGGGCUGCUGGACUUCUGUGGCCAGGUGUGCUUCACCCCGCUGGAGGCCCUGCUCUCCGACCUCUUCCGGGACCCGGACCACUGUCGCCAGGCCUUCUCCGUCUACGCCUUCAUGAUCAGCCUUGGCGGCUGCCUGGGCUACCUCCUGCCUGCCGUGGACUGGGACACCAGUGCCCUGGCCCCCUACCUGGGCACCCAGGAGGAGUGUCUCUUUGGCCUGCUCGCUCUCAUUUUCCUCUCCUGCAUGGCAGCCACUCUGCUGGUGGUGGAGGAGGCGGCGCUGGGCCCUGCCGAGCCCGUGGAAGGGCCAGCGACCACCUCCGCGCCCCGCUGCUGCCCGUGCCGGGCCCGCCUGGCCCUGCGGAACCUGGGCGCCCUGUUCCCCCGGCUGCACCAGCUCUGCUGCCGCAUGCCUCGGACCCUGCGCCGGCUCUUUGUGGCCGAGCUGUGCAGCUGGAUGGCCCUCAUGACCUUCACGCUGUUCUACACGGACUUCGUGGGAGAGGGGCUGUACCAGGGUGUGCCCAGGGCUGAGCCGGGCACCGAGGCCCGCAGGCACUAUGAUGAAGGUGUACGGAUGGGCAGCCUGGGGCUGUUCCUGCAGUGUGCCAUCUCCCUUCUCUUCUCCCUGGUCAUGGACCGGCUGGUGCAGCGAUUCGGCACCCGAGCAGUCUACCUGGCCAGCGUGGUGGCCUUCCCAUUGGCUGCCAUCGCCACGUGCCUGUCCCACAGCGUGGCUGUGGUGACAGCCUCUGCCGCCCUCACCGGCUUCACCUUCUCAGCCCUGCAGAUCCUGCCCUACACCCUGGCCUCCCUCUACCACCGGGAGAAGCAGGUGUUCCUGCCCAGAUACCGAGGGGACGCUGCUGGGAGUGGCAGCCCUGAGGACGGCCUGACUGCCAGCUUCCUGCCAGGCCCCAAGGCUGCCACUCCCUUCCCCAACGGACACGUAGGGGCUGCAGGCAGCAGCCUGCUCCCCUCUGCACCCACACUCUGCGGCACCUCCACCUGCGACGUGUCCAUGCGCGUGGUGGUGGCAGAGCCGGCCGAGGCCAGGGUCGUGCCGGGCCGGGGCAUCUGCCUGGACCUCGCCAUCCUGGACAGUGCCUUCCUACUGUCACAGGUGGCCCCAUCCCUGCUGAUGGGCUCCAUCGUGCAGCUCAGUCAGUCCGUCACUGCCUACAUGGUGUCUGCUGCAGGCCUGGGCCUGGUCGCCAUCUACUUUGCUACACAGGUGGUAUUUGACAAGAGCGACUUGGCCAAGUACUCGGUGUAGGAUCCUUCCCGCGCACCGUGGGGAGGGCCUGCCUCACUAGGUCCCAGGUGCCCCUAAGGGGUGUCUGCGGGGCUGGCUGGCCGCAGGUUCUGCAGCUGGUGUGGCUCUCUACCGCCACCUGCUGGCGAUGAGGUGCAUGGCCGCACAGAUCCGGCCCUGUCCCUUCUGGCCAGUCUCGAGGGCUUGACUGGCGACUUCCGGAGUGAGUUUCAGAAAGUGAGGACUUCUGCAGGGAGGCCAGGAGGAAGGGGCGUUUGAUUAGCUGCAUGCACUGGAAGGCAGGAUCUGCAGAUGGAUUGCCCAGGCCCGGGGUGAACAGCGUGUGUCCUGUCGGAGAGCCCCCUGGAGAAGGGGUGUGGGGCGCAGGGUCUACGCAGACACCUGGGCUCCCACCUCAUGCGCCCUGAUCCUGCAGGUCCUCGUGCCUUGCUUUUGCGUGGGAGUGGCAGGGCUGCAGCACUUGGCAGUGUGGGAGUGUUGCUGGGGGGAGGGGGACUCCCCAGGGAGAGGCAGUGCCCCUUUGUCCCCAGCGCUGCUCUGCUGACUCCCCCAACCCGACCUCUUACCAGGAUGCGGCUUGAUGGUCCCUGGGUUGCCAUCAUUGGGACGCAGGCCUUUAAAUAUUUAACUUAUUUAUUUAACAAAAGUAGAAAGGAAUUCGUGCCCAGCAUUCCCGGGUGGGUGUCCAGGAGUUGGGUGGGAUCCCCAAUAGUUGGGGGCCCUGAUCUAGCUGACCAGUGGGCCAAGCAUUGCCGGGAUCCCCUUCUCCUGGGGUAACUGAUCUGGAUCCCAAAACUGCCUGACCCCACAUCUUGGAAGUGCUACUGACCCCAAUGCUGUCACUCAAGCCAGGAAGGGGGAAGGGCGGGGGGGACCCAGGUUUCAGCAGCCCCCCUCACUGUCCCUCUUCCCCUGGCCCAGCCUGGCUCCCUGCAGGCCUGGGCUGAUGAACACUGCCCACCUCCACCUCCACCCCCACACUUUCCCCCACUGGCUGCACAGCCUCUCUCGGGGGCUGUUGCAGGAGCAGAAGCACAAAGUGUGGUUCCUCGCACCUUGGACCACGGCAGCCCCCAGGGCAUGGCUGUGUGUGGGAAUCACACGCAAACUCAGGAGUUACCCCCACCUGAGCUAAGGAGAUCUUAUCUCUUGGGGGUUUAAGUGCCGUUUGCAAUAAUGUUUGUCUUAUUUAUUUAGCGGAGUAAAUAUUUUAUACUGUUUGUGAGCAAUCAGAGUAUAAUGUUUAUGGCGAUGAAAUUAAAGGCUUCU